GGACUAGAAUGGCGUCUGCCAACUUCUGUCAGCACACCUGUACCUGGUCACAAUAACAGCUGGCUCCAAUGUCUCAGUCCCUAUGGAGUACUCACCUCACAACAAGAUGUACCUGGAGCCUUUCAACCUCUCACACCCAAGGGAUCCAGGAUUGGAAAGGCCGACUUCUCCCACCUUGUUGUUGGGUCAGCUUUCUCCUCCUGCAUCGCUGCAUGGCACAGACACAGACAUGAGCAAUCAGGAAGUGACUUAUUCCUCCUUGAGAUUUCUUCAGGCUCCUUCAGAGUCACAAAAUAGAUUAAGCCCUCGCAGUACUCAAAGACCUGGGAAAACUGAUGACAAAGAGACUUCAGUUCCCUGGCAUCUCUUGGUAGUGACUCUUGGGAUCCUCUGUUUACUUCUUUUGGUGACAGUCACAGUGUUGGGAACAAUGAGUGAGUAACUGAAAUAUAUCCUUCAAGUCUGA